AUGGAGUCCAUGUGGGGAAGACUAAGGGCAGACUGGUUUUUCUGUUUAACAAUUGUAGCUGUAUUGGUGACCGGAGUUAGAUCUUGGACCGGCGAAGUCCACGGCCGGGUAGUGUGCGAUGUGUGCGCCGACUCUUCAAUCGGCCCUGAAGAUCAUGUCCUACAAGGUGCUGAGGUGGCAGUGCUUUGCAUAACCAAAUCUGGCGAAGUUUUGAACUACCAAGCCUUCACGAAUUCGAAUGGAGUAUAUGUAGUAGCUGAGACUAUGCCCGAGAGUGAGCGUUGGGAUUCAUGUCUGGCGAGGCCCAUUAGCAGCUUCCAUAGUCACUGCACUCAUUUAGGAGAAGGUAAUUUCGGUGUGAAGUUCAGUUACAAUCAUCCCUCAGGUUAUUCUCAUACUGUUAGACCCUUUGUUUACCGUCCGGCCAUUGUGCCGGCAUAUUGCUUUUAG